AAUGAGAACAUGCUCGACUUGUAAUUGAUAAAAGUCGAGCGUUAGUGUAUUUCUUAAAAAUGUUCUAUUGCUCGACUUGUAAAGUCGAACAUGUCGAGCAUUGGUGUAUUUACUAAAGAGUUUAUUUCUAUUUCUAAUAAAGUCGCACAUCCCUGUCAGCGAUUCUCCAGUUUCCGUUUCUAUAGUGAAAAGCUGAAUAAAAUCCCAACCUAAAACCCUUCACUACCAGAGCCGUAUUUACUAUAAUUAUGGCGAAUCCCGGCUCUCGAUUGCGCGCCGGAGCUUCUGCUUUGGUACGAAUUUUCUCUGCGAAGCCUAGAGCGGGGACGGCGGCGGCGCAGCAGCUGCCGGCGCUCAAACAGGAUGUCAGUGCGUCGCCGCAGCCGGAGCCUCUCCAACAGGAGGUCGGUUUGUACCGGAGAUUGUCUCUUCUGGGGUGCACCGAUGGAGAGGUGGCGAACGCCAUUAAUGAGUACACAAAUGAAGGAAAAGUCAUCAAAAAAUCUGAGCUGGAGAAGUGUAUCAAGGACUUCCACAAAUUCAAACGAUACAGCCACGUUCUCGAGAUUGGGGAGUGGAUGGCUCACAAGUUUAUCUUAAAGCACAAAGAUAUUGCGAUUCAUCUGGAUGCGGUCGCAAAAGUUAAGGGAAUAGCUGCAGCUGAAAAUUACUUCAACGAGCUGCGUCCAUCUAGAAGGGUGAAAUGCACUUAUGCAGCACUUCUAAACUGCUAUUGUACUGAGGAGAUGAGUGAUAAAGCAGUAGAUCUCUUCAGUAAAAUGGUUGAACAAAACAUGAUAGACAUACCUCUGCCUUUUAACCAUCUCAUGAUGAUGUAUAUACGGCUGGGAGAGCCAGAGAAGGUGAUACGCUUGGGAGAAGAAAUGAAGAAGGCAAAUGUUAAGCCCAACACGUCUACUUGCAGCUUGUUGAUGAGUGGCUAUUCACUUUUGAAUGAUUUUGAGGGAGUGGAAAGAGUUUUGAAGGAGAUGACAGCGGAAAGUAAGAAGCUCGUUAACUGGACGACAUAUAGUCACUUGGCGAACAUCUACAUCAAAGCUGGCGAUCAGGAGAAAGCUAGGUUGGCUCUGCAAGGUCUCGAGAAGGAGAUGCGUGCCCAUGAACGUGAUGCGUACCAUUUCAUGAUAAGCUUAUAUGCUCAAAUGAAUGAUCUUGACAAUGUCCAUCGUGUUUGGAAAUCUCUGAAGUCGGCCAGUAAGGUGAUUUGGAACACGAGCUAUCUGAUCAUGAUCCGGUCUCUUGAUAAUCUCGAUGACAUUGAAGGGUUGAAGGAAUGCUUCGAGGAAUGGGAGAAAGUUUGUUCCAGUUAUGAUGUUAGGUUGCCCAAUACAGUCAUCCGAGCUUAUCUGAGGCACGGCAUGCUUGAAGAAGCCGAGUCAGUUCUUGAGAGAACGCUCGAGAGAUCCAAAGGUCCUUUCUUCUAUGCCUGGGAAAUGUUCAUGAAUUUCCACCUGAAAAGACAUGGCGUGAAGCAAGCUAUGAAGAUCAUGGAAACGGCUACGUCCGAAGCUGUGAACAGCAAGUGGAAACCUAGUCGUGACACCAUAGAUGGAUUCUUGGACUGCUUCAAGCUAGAUAACGAUGCAACUGGUGCUGAGGAAUUCUACGAGUUGAUGAAGAGGAUAAACUGUGUCGACACCCAUUUUUAUGAGUCGUUGCUUCGGAUUUAUGCUGGCGCGGGGCAAAAAUUGCCCGAUGUACGUGCAAGGGUCGAGAGGGAUGGAGUUGAAAUAAGCAUUGAGCUUGAAGACUUGAUUGCAAGCGUUUCUCUUGAGUGAAAAAUGCAGGCAAAGACCCUCGAUUUUGUGGAGAAACUUUUUGGUGUUACGAUUUUGAUUCGCGUACGUACAAUUUCACUCGGAACUGAAGAAAUCUAGAUUCCUCUCCUUUUCAUUCA